AUGAAGUUUCACAGCUCGUACUCGAGCAUGCUCGCACCAUUUUUACUAUUGGCCUCGGCGCCACUGGGCGCCCUCGCCAACGAUGUUCUGAAGACCAAUGGUUACAGCUCCUGCUUGAAUGGUAACUCAGACAUCACCGUCAACAAGCUCGACAUUCAAUUCGACCGAACGACGAAAAAGAUCACGUUCGAUGUGUCAGGUACCAACGGGAAGGAGCAGAAGGUUAUGGCGACAUUGAAGGUGAACGCGUAUGGAAAGGAGGUGUACAGCAACACAUUUGACCCGUGCGAAGGGUCUACGAAGAUGGAUCAAUUAUGUCCAGUGCCCGCUGGUACUUUCGGCGCAAGCGGAGAGCAAAGCAUCCCCGACAAAUACAUCUCCCAAAUCCCAGCUAUCGCAUUCAGCGUCCCUGAUAUCGACAGCCAGGCAACAAUGCAGCUUACGGCCAAGGACGGCGGUGCGGAACUCGCGUGUAUCACAUCACAAGUCAGCAACGGCAAGUCGCUGUCGACAACAGGAAUAUCUUAUAUCGCGGCCGGUAUCGCUGGCGCUGCUUUGGCGGUUGGAGGUCUCUCUGCGCUGGCCGGUGCUGGUCAUUCUGGUGUUGCCCACUCGAGUCCCACGUUCGGCGAUGUCGUUUUCUGGUUCCAGGGUAUGGCCAUGAACGGUAUGAUGAGCGCCGACGUUCCUGGUGUUUACCGAAGCUGGUCGAAAAACUUCGCCUUCAGCACAGGUCUGGUUUACUGGGAGGGCAUGCAAACAUCCAUCGACGGUUUCCGUGAGAAGACUGGAGGCAACCUCACAGCCGACAGUGUAAAGUUCUUGUCGAACGCCACACUUGUGUACGUGGACCAGAACAUGACUGUGACCAAACGCAGCUUCGACGGUAUUAGCGAUGUUCUCCUGUGGACCCGUGACGAGCUUUCGACCAACGUCAACAGCACCACCGAAGGCAGCGAAGACAACAAGAUCAUCCAUACCGUCAAGGGUAUCCAAGGCUUCGUCGAGCAGUACAAGAUCCCCAACGGCAACACCUUCAUGACUGUUCUUCUCUGGUUUGCGAUCGUAAUCGCCGCCAUCACCGUUGGUAUCCUGCUCCUGAAGGUCAUCCUCGAGACCUGGGCUCUUUUCGGAACGUUUCCCAAGCGUCUGACCAGCUUCCGUAAGCGUUACUGGUGGACGCUUGCAAAGACCAUCACCAACUUGAUCUUGCUCCUUUACGGUAUCUGGACCCUGUACUGUGUUUACCAGUUCAAAAACGGAGACUCAUGGGCUGCGAAGGUACUUGCUGGUGUCACCUUGGCUGCUUUCACGGCUGUCCUGGCCUUCUUUACCUGGAAGAUUUGGAGCAUCGCACACAAGUACAAGAAGAUGGAAGGCGACAACUCUGCCCUCUAUGACAACAAGGAAGUCUGGCGCAAGUACUCUAUCUUCUACGAGAACUACAAGAAGAGCUACUGGUGGAUUUUCAUUCCAGCCAUCAUCUACGCUUUCGCUCGUGGUUGCGUUAUCGCAGGUGCAGACGGUCAUGGUCUUGCCCAGGCUGCCGGUCAGCUCAUCGUUGAAGCCCUUUUGCUCUGUGUCCUUCUGUGGUCGCGACCGUACUCGCUUAAAUCAGGCAACUGGAUCAACAUUAUCAUCCAGGUCGUCCGCGUGCUCUCAGUCGUUUGCAUUUUGGUCUUCGUUGAGGAGCUCGGCAUGACACAGACCACAAAGACCGUCACCGGCCUGGUGCUUGUCGUUGUGCAGGCUAUUCUGACCGGUGUUCUGGCUAUUUUGAUUGCAGUCAAUGCCAUCAUCAUCUGCUGCAAGCAGAACCCUCACCGCAAGAAGAGAAAGGAGGCCGAGAAGGCUCGCGAUCUCGACAACCUCACCCCUCUCGAUGCUCGCAACUCGCUGCUCAUGGACCCCCAAGAGUACAAGCGCAGCUCUCUUCCUUCGCCAUUUGGACCUCGCGCCGCUGGCUACGAUGCGGUGCCGCUCGCAGAGCAGAACACCGCCUACAACAAUGGCCGACGAUUUGAAGAAGAUCGUAGCCAUCUCCUUGCUGAUGCUUCGACAUUCACUAAGACACCAAGUCACAACCCAAGCUUCAGCGACGACCGUGAUCGCUCCACGAGCCCGCAGCCCCGACUGCCGGACCUGGAAUUCGGUCACCAGACUGGCUACACUCAGCCAAACAACGCUCCGUGGCAACCUCAACGGGGGAACCAAGGCGGAUACGCGUACUAG